AUGAAUAGCCGGGAUCUGGGCGACGCCCCUUCAGAGCAACAUGAAGACGCUGACCCCGCCCCAAGUACGCUGUCGAGCUCAACCUCCUCCGACCAUAAUGACAGCCAUCUUCAUGACAUAUCCUCGCCAUCAGUGAACCCCGCGCCGCGCGCAGCGCAACGAAUACACCCGAGACGAGCCAUCACCGAACCCAUGGGGAGCAAAGGCGCCCUCGACGGCGGCCAUGUCCGUUUCUCGGAUGAGUUCCAACGCGAUUCGAGGCGUAGCUUCGACCCGGCCUCAUCGCAUCCCAAUUCAAACAGGCCAGGGCUCUAUACGAUUCCCUCGAGGGGUGAUCUUGAGGGCCAUAUCCAGGACGAGCCCUCAUCCUCACGGCCUCGACGGGGCAGCGACCACAGCUCCGCCCAGCCUUCAGACUCUGAUCUCAAGUACCCAGUCUACCGCCCAGAGCCAACGAAACGGACGAAAUGGCGCGUUGCGCAGGAGUCGGUGAGCGACCAGCUGAGGAAAGCGUACAAUGUGUACAUUGUGCAGGGAUUAUUGCGACAGAAGCCGCUCCCGCCGAGCGUAGAUGGAAGGCAUAUCGCACUCGACAUGUCAAGGCCACGAAGUGAUCAUCUCAUCGACGAGCGCACUAAGAAGUCAUACGCCAGUAAUUUUAUCCGAUCCAGUCGAUACACGAUAUGGAGCUUCCUGCCCAAGCAGCUCCUUUUCCAGUUCAGUAAGAUGGGCAACUUCUACUUCCUUGUCGUCGGUAUCAUUCAGGCUAUCCCGGGACUCAGCACCACGGGCCAGUGGACUACCAUUGCACCCCUCGCCGUGUUUGUGUCAUUGUCAAUGGCCAAGGAAGGAUACGACGACUACCGCCGGUAUCUGCUGGCAAAGACCGAAAACUUGAGUCGCGCAUGGGUUUUGGGCGACCGAUCCAAGAAGGCGACAGUGAGGAUGAAGAGACACAAGGGCGGCGAAGUUGCUGAACACUCGGCAGAUGGAUGGACUGAGAUUGAAUGGCAGGACCUCAAGGUUGGCGACGUCGUCAGACUGCAACGAGACGACGACAUUCCGGCGGACAUCGUCCUUCUGUAUGCGUCCGGACCCAAUGGCACCGCUUACAUCGAGACUAUGGCUUUGGACGGCGAGACGAAUUUGAAGGCGAAGAGAGCCUCGCCCAUCCUCGCUGAAAGGUGUCAAACUCUGGAAGGCAUCGAGUCUUGCCGGGCGACCAUCGUUUCCGAGGACCCAAAUCUGGACCUUUACCGGUACGACGGGCGUGUUACUAUCGACGGAGAGACGUUGCCGCUGUCACUCGACAAUGUAAUUUACCGCGGUUCUACGGUGCGAAACACUACAGAGGCUAUCGGCAUCGUCGUGAAUACGGGUGAAGAGUGCAAGAUCCGAAUGAACGCUCACAAGCACGUACGCACCAAAGCACCCGCCAUGCAGCGCGUUCUCAACAGAAUCGUCGUUUGGCUCAUAGUAGUGCUACUCGGACUAAGCAGCGGUCUAACCUUGGGCCAUUAUCUGUGGCGAGACCACGAGUCCUCUUGGUACUUCAUGGGUGAACGCAUUAGUAUGAGAAAGAUCUUCAUUGCCUUCAUCCUCAUGUUCAACACCCUUAUUCCGCUGUCGUUGUACAUCAGUUUGGAAAUCAUUAAGAUCAUACAGUUUUACAUGAUGGGAGACGUCGAGAUGUACGACCCGGUCACUAACACGCCAAUGGUUGCCAACACGACGACGAUUCUCGAAGACUUGGGCCAAGUCAACUACGUCUUUUCGGACAAGACAGGCACCCUGACGGAGAAUGUGAUGCGCUUCAGAAAGAUGAGCGUCGCCGGCACCGCGUGGCUGCACGACAUGGACAUUGAACGAGACGAACACGCCAAGCAAAAGUUGAUCGAAAUGGCCCGGAAAAAGCGCAAAGGAAAAGGCAAGGAUAAAAACCGCGAAAAGACAGCCAGCGAUCACGACAACUACUCGUCGUUGACGCCAGCACAAGGAAGGCCAUCCAUCAGCACUUAUGGACGAGGACGCUCCACAAGUCGGGCCCCUCAAGCCGAGCCUGAGCUCAAGACUGAAGAUCUGCUCGACUACCUGCGACGCAAACCGGACACUGUGUUUUCCAAGAAAGCCAAACAGUUUCUACUCUGCAUCGCUCUCUGUCAUACAUGUUUACCCGAGAUCAAGGAAGACGGCGAGAUCGAAUACCAAGCCGCCUCUCCCGAUGAACUUGCUUUGGUUGAAGCUGCGCGAGACCUCGGCUACCUCCUCAUUGACCGGCCUGCGCAGUCGGUCAUUCUUCAGAUGCCCGAAGCUGACGGAACGAUCAAAAGAGAGACGUACCAGGUGCUAGACGUGAUUGAGUUCAGCAGUCAGAGGAAGAGGAUGUCCAUCAUCAUGCGCAUGCCAGACGGCAGAGUAUGUGUUUUCUGCAAAGGCGCUGAUAACGUCAUCUUGCCUCGUCUCAAGCUUAGCGGUCUCGCCACGCAAAAGGCAAACGACGUCAAUCGGAGAGCCUCGAUUCGUAGGAGUGUUGAGAGGGAAAAGGCACAACAACGGCUCAGCACAAGUGGAACGCCCCGCAGCAGCUUCGUGAUUGGGAGGACGUCAAUGUCUGAUCGACGCAGUAUGAUUAAUCAGAGGAUCUCUGGUGACAUGCUCAGACGAUCCAGCGCCGUCACUGACGACCCUGACGCCUGGAAUUCUCGCAGAGGUUCGGCAGACAUUCUCUCACCCAUGAGCGCCCACGAAAUCUGGUCAUCGCCACGUCACAGUAUGGCCAUGUCCGCGAACGAGGAUGAAGUGGACGACUUCAUUGACGAGUCAGUGGCCCUCAAUGAAGGCACUGUCCUCGAACGAUGCUUCACACACAUCAAUGAGUUUGCCUCAGAGGGAUUGCGGACUUUACUUUACGGUUACCGAUACAUCAGCGAGGAUGAUUACAACACGUGGAAAAAGAUCUACCACGAUGCCACCACCAGUUUGGAUAAUCGCCAAGAGAAGAUUGAGGCUGCCGGUGAGCUUAUUGAGGAUAAGUUCGACCUUGCCGGUGCCACCGCCAUCGAGGACAGAUUGCAAGAGGGCGUACCGGAAACUAUCGAAAAGCUUCGUCGCGCCGAGAUCAAGGUUUGGAUGUUGACUGGUGACAAGCGCGAGACGGCCAUCAACAUCGGUCACUCUGCCGGCCUGUGCAAGCCAGUUUCCGAGGUCUUUAUCUUGGAUGCUAUCAUGGGCAAUCUGCAAGAGUCAAUCCUGUCGACCCUUGGUGAAGUCGCCCGAGGCAUGGCACCCCACGCGGUAGUAGUGGUCGACGGUCAGACCUUGGGCAUCAUUGAAGGGGAUGAGGAUCUCAGCUUCCUCUUCUUCGACCUUGUAGUGAGGGUCGACUCGGUCAUUUGUUGUCGUGCCUCUCCCUCGCAGAAGGCUACUCUCGUCAAGCGUAUUCGCCGACAAGUACCUCACUCCCUGACUCUGGCCAUUGGUGACGGCGCCAACGACAUCGGCAUGAUUCAAGCUUCGCACGUUGGUAUCGGUAUCUCGGGCCGCGAAGGUCUCCAAGCCGCCCGCAUUUCCGACUACGCCAUUGCGCAAUUCCGCUUCUUGCAGCGUCUUCUCUUCGUCCACGGCCGCUGGAACUACCUUCGGACUGGCAGAUAUAUUCUCGCCACUUUUUGGAAGGAAAUCGUCUUUUUUCUACCACAGGCUUAUUUCCAGCGCUACACGGGAUAUACCGGAACGUCUCUGUAUGAGAAUUGGAGUUUAACAGUGUUCAACACGUUCUUCACGUCACUCGCGGUUAUCCUAUUGGGCGGUUUGGAAAAGGAUUUGCAAGCCAAGACGCUCCUCGAAUUCCCCGAGCUCUACACCUAUGGCCACAAGAACAGAGCCUUCAACAUCAAGCUUUAUAUCGGCUGGACAUUCCUCGGGCUCAUUGAGUCGCUCAUCAUCUUUUGGGUGACCUGGGCGGUCUACAACUCGCUGCCUUUCGAUCAGGACACAUCACUCUAUGCAAUGGGAUCCGUUCCCUUUACGGUUGCUGUGGUGUUUAUCAACAUCAAGUUGCUGGUUCUUGAGAUGGAAAACAAGAAUGUCAUCAUUCUGGCCGGAUUUCUUAUUUCGGUCGGCGGUUGGUUCUUGUGGAACAUCAUUCUGUCAGCAGCUUUCCGGCCCAUUUUGCGCAUCUAUCAGCUCCGCCACGCCUUCAUUAAUAACUUUGGCAGAACCUUGAGUUUCUGGACUACAAUUCUCCUGGCACUUGCGACGGUCGUCUGCUUGGAGCUGAUAGUCGACGCAAUACGCCGGGUGUACUGGCCACGUGAUGUUGAUAUCAUGCAACGCCUUGAGAGGAAGGGCUUCGAUGCGGAUGACGCGACCGAGGGGAUGGAAGGUGGCCACGGUGACACCUCUGGAACGAUGUUGGAAGUUAUCGGCAGCAAGACGAAGUCGGUCUUUGGCCAUACCGAGGAGAGGCCCUCCAAUGUCGAUGGUGCGCCCAGACCUAGUCACUCUACUACUCGGCCCUCAUUCCACCAGGCACGGCAGUCUCGAAGGUCGAGAGACGAUUCGGCCGCCAGGUCUUUCGCGCCCCCGGUUGAGGAAACCAACAUUGCGGACCAAGAGCUGAGUGUGUCGAAGCCAACAAAGAAGCCACGCCUUUCUGUAGCAACGAGGUGGUUGGGGAGCGCAAAGAACACUCACGCGAAUGGCCCCAUUGAGCUGCGGCCAACCGGUCAAUCGUCUAGACCAUAG